AUGUAUCCAUUUCCACAAGUUGCUAUAAUAGAGGAACCACAGUCUCGAGGAUUUAGAUUUCGCUAUGAGUGUGAGGGACCAUCACAUGGAGGUUUACAGGGCACUUCUAGUGAAAGAGGGAGAAAAACUUACCCUUCAAUUAAGAUUGAAAAUUAUGAUGGCCCAGCACGAAUUGAGGUGUCUUUAGUUAAUGUUGAUAAUGAUAAAAAUCAUCCUCACAAACUAGUGGGUAAAAACUGUGAAGAUGGUAUAUGUGUUAUGGAAGUUAAAGAAACCUAUGGACCUAUUCAUUUUCAGAAUAUGUCUGUUCAACAUGUAACUAAAAAGAAGGCUGUAGAAGUAUUACAGAAAAGAAUUAAGAAUAAACUUUUAAGAGAUAAGAAGAUCUUUCUGAGAAAUCUUAAUGCCAUUGUCUCUUUAUCAACCAGUGAACAAGCUAAAUCAACACAAUUAAAUAAUGUUAAAUUAUGUUUUCAAGUUUAUGUUCAAGAUUCUGAAACACAACAAUGUAUUAUAGCUCUACCUCCCGUUUAUUCUAAUUCAAUACAUGAUAGUAAAUCUCCUGGUGCAUCAACAUUAAAGAUAUGUAGAAUGGAUAAAUAUGGUGGAUGUUGUACAGGAAAUGAGGAAGUGUUUUUGCUGUGUGAAAAAGUUCAAAAAGAAGAUAUAGCUGUCAAGUUUUUUGAGCUAGACAGUCAAAAUGGAGAGAUCAAAUGGGAAAGUUUUGGAAAUUUUGGUCCAUUAGAUGUUCACAGACAGUUUGCUAUAGUAUUUCGUACUCCAUCCUAUUUUAAUACUAAUAUUGAGAAAGCUGUAAAUGUAUUUAUUGUUUUACAACGAAAAUCAGAUGGUGAAACUAGUGAUCCUAAAUCAUUUACAUAUUAUCCACAAAAUCUAGGUAAGGCGUAUAGUAGCAGAUCCAUCAAGAUAAUAGAAAGAACAUUAACAGCCAUGCAGGAUUAUGCUGAAACUAGUGACAUCAGAUAUUUAUUAUUAGUUCAAAGACAUCUAGCUUCUGUUCAAAAUAAAAAUGGAGAUUUACCAAUACAUUUAGCUGUUAUAAAUGACCAGCUACCAGCCUUACAAAGUUUUCUUGGUGUCAUGUCUACAUUACCAAACUGUAAUCAUAAAGUCAAUUCAUUUAACUAUCUCAGACAGACACCUCUUCAUUUAGCUGUAUUAACUAAACAGCCAUCUGCUAUAGAAUUAUUAUUACAUUAUGGUGCAGAUCCAGGUAUUAUGGAUAGAUAUGGUAAUACAGCUGCUAAUUUAGCUGUACAAUGUAACAAUAUACCAUGUUUAAAAUCAUUGUUAAAAUAUCUACGACCAGGUGUUAAAGCCACAUCUCCAUUCCCAGAACUUAACUAUAUGAAUUACGGAGGAUUUUGUCCUGCCCACAUUGCUGCUCAGAAUGGUAAUGUAGAAAUAUUAAGAUUGUUAUAUAAAGGUAAAGCCUGUUUAGAUUUACCUGAUGGUAAAAGUGGAAGAACACCAUUACAUCAUGCUGUAGAGAGUGAUGAUCUAUCUGUAGCUAGUUAUUUGCUUAUGGAGGUAAGUUAG